AGUCUUGGCUUAUUCCACACGCUUCUAGUCGCCCUGUGCCUAGGGAGUUGAAGCGAACUGUACGAAAGAGAAAGGUGAAGAGAGAGACAGAGAGACCAUGGCGCCGAAGAGGAAGACGAGACCAACGGCUCCGACGCCGGUUCUAUCGCCGCGGAAGACGAGGAGCGUCACCGCCGGGAAGAGGGCGGAUCCUCCGCCGGCCAAGAAGGCGGAUCCUUUGUCCAACGGUGAGCCGAAGAGGGCGAGAGGCGGCAGGAGAAAGGCCGACGACGCGACGGCCAAGGAGAAGAGGUCCGAUGCUGAAGAGGCGCCCGUUUCUCCGGCGGAAAAGGAUGAUUCUGCCGCCGUUGUGCCGUCCAAGACUGUAAUCAUCGAGGCGUGCAAGCAAUGCACUUCUUUCAAGAGAAGGGCCAUACAAGUGAAGGAAGGACUGGAAAAUGCUGUGCAUGGAAUCAAUGUUUCGAUCAACCCCGACAAACCACGACGAGGAUGCUUUGAGAUACGAGAGGAAGGCGGUCAAAUGUUUUUGUCUUUACUGAACAUGCCGCGGCCCUUUACUCCCAUGAAGGAGCUUGACAUGGACCAAGUGAUCAAGGAUAUCGUCAAGAAGAUCACCUGAAUGAGAAUGACUACAUGAUCUGUGCACUCUAUUUUGGUGUGGCUGCAAGUUGUAAUACGAAUCUGAGUAAAAGAUUCAGUAGAAAUCUGUGUAGAUUGGCUGGAGAUCUGGUAGUUGGCUUUUGCAGGUAACUGAAUUGUGCUUCUAGUGAAUCAUCUGAUGACUGCAAGUUGUAAUAUGAAGCCGAGUAAGUGCAUUCUAAUCCAAACUUGUUUUGCCGAA